AUGAUCUUUGCCGCCCGCCAGCUACAAGAGAAGUGCCUGGAGGUGCGUACUCACCCCUAUACCACCUUCGUGGAUCUGGCGAAGGCCUCCGACGCGGUAAAUCGCGAAGGACUGCGGAGACUUAUACUGAAGUUCUGAUGUCCCGAGCGAUUCAAGUACAUUGUAGGUCAGCUCCACGAUGGGACGAUGGCGCACACCACGGACAACGACGAAAUCUCCGAGGCAUUCGCAGUGACUAGUGGAGUGGGGCAGAUCUGAAUACUCGCGCCCACCCUCCUUAGCCUCAUGUCCUCUGCCAUGUUGACGGACGCCUACCGUAAUGAGCGCCCGGGAUCCGCACCGAUUGCAGGACCGACGGGCACCUUCUCGACGGCCGACGAAUGCAGUACCGGAUGCGAAUGUCCACAACUAAUACCCGCGAUCUGCUCUUCGCCAACGACUCCGCACUCAACAGCAAGAGCGGAGAAGAUAUGUAACGGAGCGUGGAUCCCUUCGCCUCCGACUGCGCCCACUUUGGAAUGAUCAUCAAUACGGACAAAACGGUAAUCAUGCGUCAACAGCCAUCGACCUCUGCGUACAGUGCCCCCUCGCACCAGCCUCGAAAGCACCGAACUGAAGACCGUGUUUUGUACCUGAAAGGCUACCUCAGGCAGUGUUCUUUCAAGGCACACCUAUGAGUGAAUGUGCUACCAUCAAGACCCUCGGAUUAAGCUAGUCCAAUAACCAAGAUCUCUCUCCACACGCCGACAAAAUUAUGACCAAAGCUACCCAGAUAAGGGGCUUUAAUUUUUAUAAUUCCUGCUUUUCCGAAAUCAAAUUAAGACUUUAUCGGAUGUUUCCCCUUCCCAUUUUUUAGUAUUGUCAUCCAUUCUUUUGCUUGAAGAACGAAGCCAGUCUCUCUUAGAUCGAAAAUAUUCAAAGGCAUUGUGCUAGAAGAGUGUUAAGUACAGCAUAUACAUUUCCUACUUAACUUGAUGUCAGCUAAUCAAUCUAAAAUUCCUAUGCGUUUGAAGACUAGAAGCGGGCUUCUGUCAACUCUUUCGCGUUAAUAAUAGUUCAAAUUUUCUUCGGAUUUCACCCCAUUAGCAUGUUAGUCGCCUAUACACUCUUCGUAAUUCUUCCUUGAUUGUACCCCCUCCCGCCCCCUCCGUCUCUAAGUGCUCCCUCUUCUUCGCUUCCAGGAAUACUUUUGCUUGGAAUAACCUUCCAGUAGAUAUAAGAUCAUCAGGUAAUCUACAUGCUUUUAAGACUAGGCUGCGUCUUUAUCUGAAUACCGGGUCGAUUAAACUCUUAUUAUCCCCAUCCUGCCAGAGUGACGUUCUCUAUGACUUUGAGGAAGAACCAUCGAGAAUUUAGGGCGCUGUCCACAAAUUUUCGAAUCAGCUCUCUGCGUGUGGUUUCGACUUCUGGAAUUUCUUUAUCAUAAAUUUCAUUUUUCGAUUUUUCAGUCCAUGAUCGUGUCCUUCACAGGACUCGAUGUCCUCCCUAACCAGCCACUCAAAGAAGUAGUGGAGUCAUGUCGAUGUGCAUGCCUUUAGCCGCCUCCACUUCGCUCAUCGUCGACCCUCAUCAGGAAUCCAAUCGGGCCUAUGAGACUUCGCGUUCUCAUUCCUAAUGUCAGUCCCAGCCUGGGUCCGCCACCACCUGGCAUCCUCAUAAUCUCAUCCUACCCUCGGGAGGAAUUUACCCUGCUCCUCUAUAUUCCCUCGCGAACAAUGAUUUUUGCGGAUUUUUAACAUCAUCUCCCCACUUUGACCCCCGACGAUCUCUAGACGAUCACGGUGGACUACUUUGUUUUCGUCAUUUGCUAGUAACCUAGUCGUAUAGCAAAGAAGCACCAUGGCCACAUCUGCCCGUGCUUUGAUGGACUACGCAGCCCUAGAUAUCCCUUCCUCGCCUUGACUCUAAGCGGCCUAUUGCCGAUUUCGUUGGGUACCUCCGGUCUCGCUACCUUGACAGCUGCGUCUGCUGUCAACCCGAAAGUGCUAUGAUCUAAUCUGCAGAGAGCUAAACCGCUUUAGCAAUGUAACCCUGCGUUAAGCGUGUUAAAUCCAUAUAUAUUCAUGCUUACGGGACGGUCCUGGCCGACCCGAAUGCUUACCAUGAGCGACAGUUUUUUCUUCUCCCUGAAAACUCAUUAACUGACAUUCAUUUUGUCUUUUUCAAAAACAAGGAAGUUUUUGCUGUCCGCUUACAGUUUUUUCAUGUCGGACUGCCUAUUUUAUAGGCAUUAACUGAACAUUGUACUGCGUCUGCCUGGUCAUCCUAAAAUUCAUUCGAAAAUUUACUUUCAGUUGCUAUAACGGUAGCCUUAGGGAUUCUAAAUAAAGCACUUCAUUCAUUAUUUCCUAUAUAUAUGGCACUUAUGUGGGCCGCAGUCACACACCCUGAAAGCCGUGUAGAUGGCGUCGAUCUUACUACCAUCGUUCAGUGUACGAGUCAGCUGCUCGGUCGAGAGCAAUAAACCAGAAAGACAGCAGCGGUCGUUUUAUAUACCUUCGCUGGACAACAGCACAAAAUCCGAUAUCCGAGACUUCAGCGCGCUUUGAAUUCGAGUAGAUUUUGGUCACCUUCCCCGGUUAUGGUAUUUCGGUCAUCCAUCUCUGCUCAAAGUUACGCCUCGUCGAAAUAAGCCGAGAUAUCAGCUUAGAAGUGCAAUUAACCUUCGUUUUCGAGGAUCACAUUACCACACCCAGUUUUAUGUUGUAAAUAGGGUUCUCAAAGGCCUACGCCCUCUUCUCUCAAAAAACUGUACCGAACAGAACUGAACAGCGAUACAUUGCUAGGAAGGAGCUCCGUCAUUGGGGCCCGUGGGAAAUCGCUUUCUGGAGCUUAACGAAGUAUCUGGCUCGGUUUAGUUCAGAUCCCUCUGAAUACGGACUCCAACCUGCUUCCGAAGUCAAUCUUCUGUCAGCGAAUUGAUCGGAAGCCAGCAAAAACCAAGACUACUGACAAGCCGUUUGCGAAGGCUAAGUCGUUCUUCGUUUCCAGCUGGCAUUCGAUACUGAACUUCGUUUGGAAAAAGCUUUGCUUUGUGCUCAGUAAACUAGUCACUUAUUAAUAUAAGACGCGCGCGUGGACUCCACUAAAAAAAUAACUGAUGCCAAACGCCUGUCAUCCCAUAGCAAAAAUCCGCUCUUUCUAGUUAGGUUGUCUCCACCAAUCGAGGUCAAUUUGAUCUUUGCCUACCGAGAUCAUUUUUCUGCGUAUCCGGAAAACACGAAAUGUUUCCUUUGCCACGAUAUUACCUCAUGGAGCGUAGAACUGGGCUCCUUUUCUCACGUAAACCUUCGUCUUCUCAGUCAAAUGCUCACUAACUCGGUCAUAAUACAAGUGGCCGUGAGGAUUCAACAGAUACUACCUCUGCGAAACUCGAUCCCCUCCUCCCCCCACGCCUAAAUCUCCCUCUCACCCAAACCACUUAACGCACUCGUCUACCUCUAAAUUAGCAACAGACACAGUUGUCGUUCCUAAUCCUCCUGAUAGCUCUCUUAGUGCCCACGAAAAUCCGUCUGCAUCAGCUAGACCGAUAGCUUUCCCAUUUCCACAGAGUCACGCGAGUUCUACAUUUCAGUUAGCUGUUGCAGGGCAUCAGGAAGGUGGGAUCCGAAAACUGAAUCGGACGCCAGCCCAAAAGAAAGUUAGUACCAUUCUAUUUAAGGGCAUGUCGCCUUCUCUUAUAUUUACUAAGUCUUCACAGCCCAGCUCGCCUAUAAGCCCUGAUGCUCCAAUAACAUCCCCAAAUAAUUCCCUGUCCCACUACCGGUUACUUACCAAAGCCCUGAUGUUUGCCCUGUAAAUAGUUCGUAUAUGAAUUGCCCUAAGUCAUUUAUCCCCAAACCUUGUUCAGGUUCCCCAUCACUCCAGGCCAGCCGUUCUCACGUAAGUCAACCUAACUUCUUUGACUUACAACCUACAGCUGAUUUCCCACCCACUGAAUUUUAUGGUUGCCUACCCUUCUGUACUAGCCUCUACCUCCCUCCUGGACUCCCUCUUCCUCCUUCUCCUCCUCCUCUUCAUCCUCCUCUUCCUCCUCCUUCUCCUGCACCACCACCAACACAAAUUAACUACCAACAGGACUAUCCUCUUCUAA